AUGGCGGACCAAGUCCAACACGACCCUAAACAAGACCCCGACUACAUCCCCUUUCCUUGUCUUCCUCCCGGUGGUGCUCUGAACCGUUGGUCAACAAAGAUCACUCGCGAGCAUGACUAUCCCGGAGCUCAGGCCAUGCUCUACGGAGCUGGUGUCCCCAACAGGGACAAGAUGAAGAAUGCUCCUCAAAUCGGUGUUGCUACCGUGUGGUGGCAGGGAAACCCUUGCAACACUCAUCUCCUCGAUCUUGGCCAAAUCGUCAAGAACUCUAUCGAGAAGGAGGGUAUGAUCGGAUGGCAAUUCAACACCGUCGGUGUCUCUGACGCCAUCACCAUGGGAGGCGAAGGCAUGCGCUUCUCUCUCCAAACCCGAGAAAUCAUCGCUGAUUCCAUCGAGUCUGUAACUUGCGCUCAGCACCAUGACGCCAACAUCUCUAUUCCUGGCUGUGACAAGAACAUGCCCGGCACUGUCAUGGCUGCCGCUCGUCACAACCGCCCCUUUAUCAUGAUCUACGGCGGUACCAUUCGCAAGGGCCACUCCAAGCUCCUUGAGCAGCCCAUCAACAUCAGCACAUGCUACGAAGCUUCUGGCGCUUUCACCUAUGGCAAACUCCACGCAAAGUCGAAUCCUGGUGAGGCUGGCCGCGAGAGCUCUGAUGUCAUGGAUGAUAUCGAGAAGCAUGCUUGUCCCGGUGCUGGAGCCUGUGGUGGCAUGUACACGGCUAACACUAUGGCUACUGCCAUUGAGGCUAUGGGUCUUUCACUCCCUGGAUCUUCCUCAUACCCUGCUGAGUCUCCUGAGAAGCGUCGUGAAUGUGAGCGCGCUGCUCAGGUUAUCCGAACCACUAUGGAGAAGGAUCUGCGUCCUCGCGACAUCAUGACCCGGGCUUCUUUUGAGAACGCUCUUGUUCUGACUAUGAUUCUGGGUGGUUCUACAAACGGUGUUCUUCACUUCCUCGCCAUGGCCAACACGGCUGGUGUACCCCUGACCAUCGACGAUAUCCAACGCGCCAGUGACCGAACUCCUUUCCUCGCUGAUCUGGCCCCCAGUGGAAAGUACUACAUGGAGGAUCUCUACAAUGUUGGCGGAACGCCCUCCGUUAUCAAGAUGCUCAUCGCCCGUGGUCUUCUUGACGGCAGCAUCAUGACCGUCACCGGCAAGACUCUCGCCGAGAACGUGGAAGACUGGCCCAGCCUGGACCCUGGCCAGGAUAUCAUCCGCUCUCUCGACAACCCUAUCAAGGACUCCGGCCACAUCCGCAUUCUACGAGGAAACUUUGCUCCCGGCGGUGCCGUUGCCAAGAUUACUGGAAAGGAGGGUCUGUCUUUCACUGGAAAGGCUCGUGUAUACGACACUGAGAAGAUGCUCAACGCUGCCCUGAACAAGGGUGAGAUCAAGCAAUCCGACGGCAACUUGGUCGUCAUCGUUCGAUAUGAAGGUCCCAAGGGUGGUCCCGGUAUGCCUGAACAACUGAAGGCCUCUGCAGCCAUCAUGGGUGCUGGUCUCUCGAAUCUUGCCCUAGUCACAGACGGUCGAUACAGUGGUGCUUCUCACGGCUUCAUCGUCGGCCACGUCGUGCCUGAAGCCAUGGUCGGAGGCCCUAUCGCUCUGGUCAAGGAUGGGGAUGUCAUCACUAUCGAUGCUAUUAGAAACCGCAUUGAUGUCGACAUCACCGACGAGGAGAUGGAGAAGCGAAGGAGUGAGUGGAAGGCCCCUGAGCCUAGAGUCAAGCGAGGUGUGCUGGCCAAGUAUGCCAAGUUGGUCGGAGAUGCUUCUCACGGUGCCGUGACAGAUCAGUGGUAG